AUGGGGAAAAGGAUUUUUAGAGAAUGGCAUUAUUUUAAGUUAUCGAUAACUUCAUUCGACCAGGAUAUAGACAAUGACCAUAUUAUUGAUCAGAUGACAUGGAGACAGUGGUCCAAUGGCGCAUUGAAACGUAGUUAUGGCAUCUUUGGCGAAGGCGUCGAAUAUUCGUUCCUGCACGUUGACGAUAAGAUAGCCUACGUGAGAGUAAACUAUGCGGAUAAAGAUAUAUUCGCUUCAUCCAUUAGUACAUACAUAUCUACUGAAGAUCUCAUUGGCGCACCUUUGACAGUCACUAUCCUACAGGAGUCUUCCAGUUUGAAGCUUUUAGAGAUCACUGAACAUGACCGUAUAUGGUUGAAAAGGGCAGUAGAGGAAGAAGAAGACGACAGUAAAUGUACAUAG